UUGGGCCGUGGGCGAAACCAUUGCGGGGCUGCCGUGGGGCCAUCUCCACCUGUCAAUCCGUGUGGCUUUGAACUCAAUAAUUUUCUAUGGUUUUGUGUUUUGUAUCCACGAUUUUUUAAUUUUUUUUUCCGUUUUACAAAAAAAAUCUUUUCGAUUAUUUACGUUGGUUUUUCCCGAAAGAGGCCGGUCGAGGACAAUCGGCGAGUGAUGGAAUAAUGAUUACCAAAGUCUUGUCGUUUUUCCUUAUUAAUUUCACGAUACAUUCCGCCACCUGUUGGGCAAGCGAGACAGAAAUUGAUGAACUCUGGGGUGAUGAGGGCAGUAACCUGACCCUACCUUGUCGAAAGGACGAGUUAUCUCAUCCUGGCGACACGUAUUGGAGUUUCAACAACAAACACAAGGGACUGAAAAGCAGUGUUCGCCAUGACAAUACAUUAAUACUUAAGUACUUAAGCAGGACCGAUGCCGGCGAGUACUCGUGCAUUCAAGACAGUGAUAUGUCAGUUAUUAACAAAGUUAGGGUACAUGUUCGAACCCCACCUCCACCUUUGACUAAUGUCACUGUAGUACCAUCAACUAUCUUGGCUCUGCUCCAUUGGGAAGUAGUAGAUACUGGAGGAUACCCAAUUACCUCAUUCACUGCACAAUACCGACUUCGCCACACGCCACAGGGCGAGUCGCCCGAUCCAUGGCAUCUAGUUAUGCCAGAUGGUCAGAUUAAACCAACAGCUACUCAAGUUGACAUAUUUCAAUUAAAGCCUAAUUCAUCGUAUGUGUUCCAAAUCUGGGCUAACAACAAACUUGGCAGGGGUGAUGUUGUUGAACUUGAAGCACAAACAAAACAUGACAGCCAAGAAAUUGAAUUGGGUAAACAUCUUCUUGAGGGGGUUGAAACAUUCGAUACAAGAAUUUGGAUCGCUGCUGUAGCAGUUGUUAUGGGUACACUCCUCAUCUUGGCCACAGCAACGAUAUACGCUCUUUACAAAGAAUGUCAUCUUCCAUUGGUUUCAGAAAAAGACAUGGAAACUAUGGAGCUUAUACCAAACAUUAUCCUCAACCCUGGGUAUCACGAUUAUAUGCAGUCGGAGUGGUCAGAGCCUGAUGAAAAUUCAAAUGAUACCAUGACGAUGAGGUUAAAUAACAACACAGUAAUUAAUCCAGUAAGAAUAUAGGAUCUAACCUUCAUCCCCUAGUAAGAGUGUCACUUGUGAAAAAUGAGGCUGUCAGUUCAUUCGUCACAUUCUUGGUAUUGUACAGUUCUAACUGACAAAACAAACAAGGAAAUUUCAACAGAAUUACCAGUUCGUACAGUAUGUACAUAAGAGCUUUUUUUGUAUGAUUUCUGAGUUAAAAUAGUAAUGUUUAAAAUUAAACAAUUUAAUUGCUUCUUUUGUUAUAUUAUAA